UAGUGUUUUUCUCUGGUCUACUGGGCUGGGUUGCUUAGAUCCUGGGCUUUAAUUUCAACAAGCAAUUCUUGUUUUGAAAGAAAUCUUUUAUACUAAUGGUAGAUGCUUUGAUUGACUGUUUGUGAUCUGCUUUUGAAUGUUUUUCAUUGCUUCCCAUUAUGGAGCUUGGAGAAACAAUAAACUAUAAGUUUGUUGGAAAUAAAAAAGAAAUCAAAGUUGGGCCAGUGAUUGGAGAUGGGACCCAGUCGAAGAUAUAUAAGGGGGUGUUUGCGAAAAAAUUUGUUGCUGUGAAAGCAAUGCUUUAUGACCGAGAUGCUGUGGAAGUUGAAAUUCUUCGAAAGCUAGAUCAUCCGAACAUCAUUAAAAUAUUCUUUACGGACAAAGAUGAUAUCACACAGUUCAUCGCAUUGGAGUUGUGUUCUCACACCUUGAAACAGUAUGUGGAGGAAAUUUCCCCAAGAAUGCUCAAUGAAAUUGAAGUGUUAAAACAAAUUACCAAGGGAUUGAAUUACCUCCACAAUGGACAAAAGUAUUGCACAGUUCACAGAGAUCUGAAGCCUUCAAAUAUUCUUUUUCAAUACGUUGAUCGAGAAAAAAUCUGGAGAGUAAAAAUAUCUGAUUUCGGUAUAAGCAAAGAAUUUUAUAGUGGUAAGACAUCAACUCACUCUAAAUUGAAAGGGACGAGUGGAUACACAGCACCUGAACUACUUACGAUGUUUGACGAUGUCGAUUCCCAGGCUGGAAAAAUCAGGAAGGAAACUGAUAUGUUUUCUCUUGGUGUCAUCUUCUAUUACACUUUAAGUGAUGGCCAUCAUCCAUUCAGUGAUAAUCAAUAUGAUGUUGAUGCGAAAGUGCGAGAUGGUGAACCUUCUCUUGACUAUCUCAAAGAAGAGCAUAAAGAAGCGACUAAAAGUCUUAUUCUUUCGAUGAUAAACAAGAAUUAUAAGGAAAGAAUUCCAGUUAAACAAGUCAAAGCGCAUCAUAUUUUCUGGGAUGCCAAGAAAAAAAUAGACUUUCUACAGAUUGCAUCAAACUUCCUUGAAAAUCGCCAAAAACAUGAUGAUGUUAUUAACCAACUGGAAGAAAAAUGUGAGGAAGUAACUGGUGGACAAUUUUGGAAGGACGUGAUUUGCAGUGAAACAAACAACCCAGAAGUAAAAAGAGUCAUUGAAAAAUAUAAAGGCUGGGAGAAGAAAACAAAACUUCAAGACUUGUUGAGAUCUAUAAGAAAUUGGUCUCAGCAUUAUCAUGACCCUAAGACCACAGAGAAAUUCAAAAAAGAGGUUGGAGAAUAUGAGGCCGGUUUUGUGAAAUUCUUCAUAUCUCAUUUUCCAAAACUUCUUCCAGUUACUUUUGAUGUUUUGAGAGGACAGAAGGACGAAGAUGUUUUCAAAAGAUAUUACUUUGGCACUGGGGAUGUGGAAACAUAUGAAAUGCAGAUUGAUGAGAAAAUGGAAACCUCACUCGGUGCCGAGGCUUAUGGAACAAGAAUGGAAAUGGGUGAAGCCGAGAACUUGGAUGAUGAGGAUAUUUUGCCUUCUUCGGAUGAAGAAGAUGCAUCAAGUCCAGAAGAGCCGGUGAAGCUCACUCUUCGGGGAUACCAAAAAGAACUGGCAGAACAAGCACUAGCUGGAAAUAAUUCAUUGAUUAUUGCACCUACUGGGUCUGGAAAAACAGCCGUUGCUAGUGAAAUUAUCCAAAAUCAUUUGAGAAGUGGAAAGUCAAGAGGCAUUUUAUUCUUGGUAUCAAAAACAACAUUGGCUCGUCAGCAGUAUGAAUUUUUUUCUAGGUAUUUACGUGACGACUUGAAAGAAAGUGAAGCAGCUUACUUGAUUGGAGAAAUUGCUACAAAUGCUGCUGUUGGAGCAAUAAUUAAAACAAUGAAAUUGACAGUAUUAACUCCACAGAUUCUUAUCGAUGAGUUGAACAGGUCACAUUCUUUUGUAUCAAUCGAUGAUAUCUCAUUGAUGAUAUUUGAUGAAUGCCAUAAUGCCAGCAAAAACCAUCCUUAUAAAGUCAUCAUGGAUAUGGUACUGGAUUUUCGCAUGGAUUCACCAAAUUCUCUCCCAGUUCAGAUUGUUGGAAUGACAGCAUCACCCGGAGUUGGAAAAGGAAAGACACGAGAUGUUGUUUUGGAUAACUUGAUAACUUUGCUGGCAAACUUGGAUGUGAGACUUUGCCCUGCUAUUGUAGAAAAGAACACUGAUGAACUGAAACUCCAUCAGAAUGAGAUUGAAGAAAGUUAUGUCAGAAUAAAAGUGGAGGGUGACAGGUUCACUCGCAAAAUAUUGGAAGCUAUGGGUCUGAUUGAAGCUAGAAUGGCUAAACAAUUAAGUGUUGAUUCUAAAGGAAAGCAAUACAGCAAACCACCAGGUGAGAAAGACAAACAAGCUUAUGAAAGUUGGGUUGUCAGUCUCAUGAGAUAUGUGCGGGAGAAUGUUACUGACCGAGACAUAUCAAGAAUUGUUCUUACUUAUGCGGAUCACUUGAGGAUGUAUUCAAAUCUGUUAUAUUUGAAAAAACAUAUACCAAAUGCUAUGGAGAUCACUAACACUUUGGCAGAGUUUGAUCAAGAAGGAAGUGUAGGACAGUUUUUGAGGACAAUAAGAGCAAAAUUGGAAAGUGCAUCUCUGAAAUCAAAUGUGCCUAUGAUGGAUAAGUUGUUUGGUAUAUUAAAAGAUGAAUUUCAAAAGAAUGAAAGUUCUAGAUGCAUUAUAUUCGUACCACGGAAAUUAAUUGCUCCAGCUAUUGUUAACUGUAUAAAAAACAAUAGAGAGCUUGCUCAUCUUGAACCUGAAUACUUGACUGGGAAAAAUGAACAAGCUGCUAUGGGUGGUAUGACCAAAACAAAACAGGAAUCAGUUAUUAAAGCAUUUCGAGAUGGCGAAUGUAAAGUUUUGGUUGCAACCUCUGUUGCUGAGGAAGGCUUGGAUAUUCGAGCUUGUAAUCUUGUUAUCAUGUACAACUAUGUGACUGGUGAAGUUGGAAGAAUUCAAAGAGCAGGUCGUGGUAGAGCAGAAAAUAGUCGUUCCGUUUUGAUUGUCCCAUAUGGGAGUGAGCAGCUUGAUCAAGAAGUAAUGAAUGCUGUUUGUGAAGAAGCUACAAAUGUUGCAAUCGAAGAUUUAAAGGAACUCACAACUACUGAUCGUACUCAAAAGAUCAGAAAAAUUCAAAGGCUUGAACACAGAGAGAGAAUGAGCAAUAUCACACCUGUAAAGAAACAACUUGAAGAAGCAGCAAAAUGGAGAAUACUCUGUUCUAAAUGUCAAGCCUUUUUGACAACUGCUGAUAAGCUGCUCAGAAUAAAAAACCAACAUGUAUUUGUCAUUGAUCCAACUUUCAAAGAGCGUGUUUCUAGAAGACAUUUUAGUGGUGAACCUCAGGAAAUUGCCCCCGGAGUAUUCAGUGUUGGACAAUUUGUUUGUCGCGAUCUAAAAUGCAGAUCAUACGUGGGAUUGGAGAUGCUGCAUAAAAACCAGAGUUUUCCAACUUUGUCAGUGAAGCAACUCAUAUUUGAAGAUAGAUUAGGAGUCAGAAAAAUAACAAAACAAUGGACGAAAUGUCCUUUUAAAAUUGGAGAAAUGGAAGAAACAGAAGAAGAUGAAAUUGAAGAAACUGUGGUUGAAGAACAAGUUGAGAAAUUUUUCGAUGAACAGAAUAUUGAAUCGGCGAAUGAGAAGAAAGAAUCGGAAGCUAGCAAUUAUUCCCCAUCUGAUGCCACAGAAAUUACUUACGGAGAAAUGUAAUGUAACAUAUAUAAAAACUCUGCUUAUGACUGGUAUUUUAUACAAUAAUCAUAUGUUGUAUAUUAUUAGUAAUCUGGACCAAAAUCAUGAAAAAUAAUUUAUACAAUUUUUCAGAUGUAAAAAUAUAUUACCGGUAUAUCAUAUGUUUUGAUUUUGAGGGAUAACAAACUUUUUAUUUGACAUAUUUCAAUUGUGUUAUAUAGAAAUACUGUAUUCUAUAUAUUUUAAAUUAUACCAUACCUUACAUCUUAACAUAUAGUUUGAAUAACCAGAUUUCUGACUUAUUUUCGUUGUUCAUUUUCGAGCAAUUUUGUGUGAACUAGUUUUUUCUGCUACAAAGGACCAAUAUAUAAUGAAUAAUUUUCUUUUUUUUGCUUUAUUAUUAUGCAUGAUACUUAGAUUUGAAUGUAGAAUUGAAAGUUUGUAAUACUAUUGUUAUCUCUGUAACUUCAAUUGCCAACUUGUAUAUUUUGAAAACCACUUUCUUCAAUGAUUUCUCUUUUAUUGAUGUAUAAAUAUGCAGGAAGUUUUAUUGAUUGCUAUAAGAAACGAUUGUCGACUUUUAUACUUGUAUAUACAGUACAUAAUUGCAUUCCUAGACUUUUGAUUUCAAUUGUCAUUAAACUUAAGAAAAUUGAUUGAUCAACUAUUUGGGUAUGUUGCGUUUUCAAGUUACAAGUCACAAAUAUUGAAUAUUAGUCUCCUUCAAUUUUAAUAUAAUCAAUGGAAAAGGUUAAAGUAACUAGCAUUUCAGCGAUUGAAGUUUGAGCCAAAGAAUUUUAUCAUUAAUUUUUCAACAUUCUUAUGCAACUAUAAUUCCCACCAAUGAUGCAUAAAAUAAACAUUUUUUCCCAAUCAAUUUACAGACUAAUUUUAGGUUUCUGAAUCACACAUAUAGAUAGAAUGGAUAGAUUUUUAUUCAGAUGAAUUCUGACAAAUUUAGUUGGUAAUCUUUUAAGAAUGAUUACAAUCGUAAUGGAAUGAAGUUUAUUAAAUUCAAUUUAUUCUAGACUGCUUAUUACUUAAUUUUUUGUCACUGUUCCGAUAUGUGCUUUUUUCACAUUUUAAAAAGUUUUUUAAAAUCAAGAAAAUGAAUCUCCAAGAUUUAAAUAAAUCCUUAAUUUCCAACAGGAAAUGGAUAACAGCUAAAUGAGGUUUUGAGACUGAAAGUGUUGAGACUUCGCAUUCUCUAUAUUCUUUGAAUAUUUUUAGUUUUUGAUUCAAGAAAUAUAUUGCUUUUAGAAUAUACCUAGUAUUGUGAAGUAAUUUACUGAGUUUGUUUUGAGUUUUUUAUUUGCAUUUUUAUGCCCCAAGUGCAUUUGAUUUAGCAAAAAUGUAAUAAGUUUUAUUUGUUCCAGAUCAAAUUUCAGCUCAAACUUUCAUGCAUCUUUUAUAUUUAUUCAUGCAACUAAUUAUGUUAUUUUAUUUUAAACAUGUUUAUCUACUAUAUCAACCUUUAAAAUGAUAAGUUCAAACAUUUACCCAUGUUUUGGUAUGAGAAAAUGAAAUAUGAAUUUCUUUAUGCAAUUGAAAAACUUUUACAGUGUAGUAAUUAUAGUUAGUAACAACUACCGUAUGUAUGUGGUUGAUGUAGCUCGUAUAUAUGUCAAAUCAAUAUCAAAUACUGUUCAGAUGAUUACAAACAUAUAGAAUAAUGUUUGAUUCAACUAGUUUUAUUGUUAUAUUUUGAUUGUGUAUUUCAUUGACUGCACUCAAGUAUAUUUUAUCUUUCGCAUGUGCUACUUGUAUUUAAUCUGUUAUAUGCAUAACUGUAAUAUUUUUAAUCAAUGUUAGUUCAUAAAUGAUUUACCGCAAAGGAAAUUUGGUAUUAUUUGUAGAAUAAAUAUUAUAGCUAAUCACUUUGCACUGAUUAUUGUAUAUUGUAUUUAGA